AUUUCAAGAAAUAAUCUCGUUGUGAUUUUUCGAAACGUCAGUUUUUGACAUUUUACAAAUCACAACCUUCACCUUCAAGCUUCCCUGAUUGACUAGUAUUAGGGAGUUAUUACCGAAAGUCGGACGAUUUCUCUUCCUCUCCUUGGAAUAUGGCCUUCAGCAGUGCUCACGCGAGAAGAGUGUAUGUCAAGGGGGAAAGACUCAAAGUCGAGGAGGAUCUGUUGCACGAGUUUAAAGGUCACCGUAAUUUUUCUAAAGACGACAUUCCACAAGUGGCCAUCAUCAAUAGAACACAGAGGCCCAUAUCAAGGAAUCUGUGUGGGUUCCUGAACACAGGAGUUGGAGGUGUUGUCUACUGUGGAGUGACAGAUAAUGGAGAUGUCCAAGGAAUCCGUCUCACAAGCUAUCAAAAAGACCAUGUUUUGCUUUCAAUUCAAGACCUUUUUUCAAGAUUUGAACCUCCUGUUGAUUCCAGCAUGUACACUGUCCAUUUGGUUCCUGUGGUUACUGAUGUGAAGCAUAUUCCAGAAAUCCAAACUCAUCCUAUGGAUCUUGAACAGCAAAACACACCUCAUAUUUUGAGAACCUCCAAAUAUUGCUGGUGUGACAGGGAUGCUUCAGCACAACAUGACUUUGGCAUGAUAGCUCCAUUAUAUGUAAUUGAAAUUGAAGUCUUUCCAUGGGAUCCCGAGUGCAAAUUGUCAGUGACCCCCACAACUCCCAUCCAUCCACUCUUUUGUAACGAAGAGCGCCUCUAUUUUAUCCGACGACUCGGUGGCUUGCAUCAACCAAGUUUAGAGGAAGUCAUCCAGCUGGCGGAAGCGGAUACUGCUCGAUACCAUACUAUGAAGGAAUAACACAUCCUGCUUCAACCGUUACCACAUGCAAUAUUGUCUUUCAAGCGAACCGUCGAUUUGAAUUCGGAUGCCUUUUUUUCUGUCGAUUCCACAAUUUCGUUCCGCGUCUCACUGCAAAGAAAUCUCUACCUUUUCUCAAGUUUUAAGGAUGUGACAUAAAACACUAAGUAAAAAAUGCGCCUAUCUUUGUAAUUACUAAGUCAAUAAUUGUCUCCAUACCGAGUUGAAAAUAACUGCUAGUUUUAUCGGUUCAUCAUCAAGUUCGACUUAUUUUGUAUAACAAUCCGCCGCAUUCGAAAUAAGCAAAUUAACUUUUCAUUUUUCAUUAUACUCUUAGGUUUAAAAUCAAAAACUCUUUCUGUCUACAAAUUUUGCUGAGCUCUCGAAACUGCGUAGGUUGUUUGCUUUUCGUAAAACAAAGUUUCAUUAAACGAGUACAAAUUUUGGCAACUGAAA